GUCAUCUCCAUACAGUUCAUUCACAAGUUCUCGAAAGAUACUAAAUAUUAAACGUAUCUCAUCGAAAAAUUUCCACUAAUUCCAAGUAAUAAACAGUGGGUGAGCUAGAGGAAGAGAAGCGCUAGAUGGAUCAUAUUUCAUCCUUUGUUCAAGAAGGUUGUAGUACUCAUGAACUUACCAGAUUUUGUUCCUCUCCUUCCCAACAACAACAAAUAUUAUCACAGACUGAAGGACCUUUUGAUCUAACCAACAACGCACAGUACAUGCAUAUGGGGAAAACAUCUGGAGAUACAAAUGAAGACACUAAACUCGAAAAUAAGAAGAGCAAAAUCGAUCAUAAAGACAUCAAGAGACAACGAACGCAAGAAAUGGCUACCCUUUACAGAACUUUACGAUCCCUCCUUCCUAUUGAUUAUCUGAAGGGAAAGAGAUCAGUAUCAGAUCACAUUCAAGAAGCAAUAAAUUAUAUAAGACAUCUGGAGGAUAAGAUUCAAGCGCUUAAAGAUGAGCUAAGAGAAUUAUCUAAUUCGAGUUCCACGACCUCUAAAGAUAAUAUCUUGGAAAGUAGUGAUGAGAGAGAUGCCUUGACAGUUAAACCGUGUUUGGUUGGUGUAGAGGUUGUGAUAGAUACUGGUUUGAGAAAAAGUUUUCCUCUAUCAGGAGUGCUUCAGGUUCUAAUUGAAGAAGGGCUUAGUAUUGUUAGCUGCAGUUCAACUAAAGUAAAAGAAAGAAUGCUUCAUACUAUCAUAUCUCAGGUGAGUGGUGAAAAAUGCAUCGAUAUUUCUACCUUGGAACAGAAGCUAACGAACUCCACAGUUUGGCCUGUGAAUUAAUCACAGUAUUUGUACUACAAAUAUGUCCUUUUUUUUUUUUUUAAAAAUGUUAGCUUGCACAAACGUCGCCACACCCGGACCAGGUUUAUAUUGAGAUAAAACAAUUCCAAUGGUAGCGACUCUAAGAUUCAAAUCCCUUAACUAUGUACUCCAGUUUAUUCAAUGUUUAUGUUAUUCAAAAUCUUGCUUUAAUUAUUCA